AGGAGCGACACGUGGAGGAGCUGCCGCGGGACGAGGAGCAGGAGGACUUUGUGGACUCUCUGGAGCAAAACCACAACAGUCAAGUUCUCAUUCGCCUCAGAGGAAUGCAGAAAUACAAAAACACGUCACAGAGGCUGAAAGCGGCGAUAGCGGUGAUGGACGGCGGCCGCGCGCUGGACCUUGCCGAGCUGCGUGGGAACCUGCAGAUGGCCGCCGCCAUGCUGGACGCCGUCUACGCCGACGAGACCAACAGACGUCUGCUGGACCCCGAGGACGAUCUGAGCGAGCUGCCGGCCGAGUCGGUGCCCAGGGAGGUCCGCGACUGGCUGGCGUGCACCUUCAGCCGCAAGAUGGGCGUGGCCAAGCGCCGGCCCGAAGAGAAGCCCCGCUUCAGGAGCAUCGUCCACGCCGUGCAGGCCGGGAUCUUCGUGGAGAGGAUGUACCGACGGACGUCCAACAUGGCCGGCCUGACGUACCCGCCCACGGCUCUCGCAGCUCUCAAGAAGGUGGACCAGUGGUCCUUUGACGUGUUUUCGCUUCACGAGGGCACGGGCGAGCACGCUCUCAAGUUUCUGGUCUAUGAGCUCCUGACGCGCUAUGACCUCAUCAACAGGUUCAGGAUUCCGGUGCCGGCGCUGGUGCAGUUUGUGGAGGCUCUGGAGAACGGCUACAGCAAGCACAAGAACCCCUACCACAACCUGGUCCACGCCGCCGACGUCACGCAGACGGCGCACUUCCUCAUGCUGCACACCGGAACCAUGCACUGGCUGAGCGAGCUGGAAAUCCUGGCCAUGGUUUUUGCCGCGGCCAUUCACGACUUUGAGCACACGGGAACCACAAACAAUUUCCACAUCCACACCAGGUCGGAGGUGGCCAUCCUGUACAACGAUCGCUCGGUCCUGGAGAACCACCACGUGAGCGCCGCCUACAGGCUGAUGGCGGAGGAGGACACCAACAUCCUGGUCAACCUCAACAAGGACGACUGGAGGGAGCUUCGGGCCCUGGUGAUCGAGAUGGUGAUGUCGACGGACAUGUCGUGUCACUUCCAGCAGAUCAAGACCAUGAGGAACACCCUCGCGCAGUCGCACAGCGUGGACAAGGUGAAGGUUCUGUCUCUGAUGCUGCAUGCUGCUGACAUUAGCCACCCCGCUAAAACGUGGCCGCUGCACUACCGCUGGACGCAUAGUCUCAUGGAGGAGUUCUUCCGACAGGGAGACAAAGAAGUGGAGCUGGGCCUUCCUUUUUCUCCUCUUUGUGACCGGCAGGCCACCAUGAUCGCACAGUCGCAGAUCGGUUUCAUCGACUUCAUCGUGGAGCCGACGUUCAGCGUCCUGGUGGACACGACGGAGAAGGUGAUGGGCCCCCUCAUAGACGAGGAGAGGAAGGCCCGGGAGACGGGAAACCGACGCUUCAGCCUGACGGGAAGCGGCUCGGUCACCGUGGAGUCUGUCCAGAGACGCGGCGGCGGCGGCGGUCGCCUCGGCGACAGCGAUGACGGACAGACGGACUUCUCCUUGACCGCCAUUGACCUGACCGCGCUCAGGAAGCACCUGAGUGACGUCAUCAACGGCAACAAGGACAGAUGGAAGGAACUCUCCGUGCAUGAAUUGGCCAAUAAGAAUCAAGACGAUGAGGACGGGGUGGAGUCCAAGAGCAGAAGCUGCACGACUGACCCAUCCCAGGGCUCGGCUGGCUGCCCACCUGAUGAAACAUGUGACCACGACGACCGUGACCAAGACUCACCUGAGGACCACUCCAGAUGGAACGGGGCAGCGCCAGGAGAGGAGGACCAGGAAGUGCCUGAAAACGCCUAACGGGACAUCUGAUGUAAACUCUGCCAAGGAACCAGUCGCCAUGGUGGCAGAUUGUAAGGCGUCCCUCAGGGGUCCUGGCAAAGGCCUUUGGAACUUUUCUUUACAAUUGACCUUGAAGGCAUCACGCCACCACAACUUCUUGUGCAAACACGCCAAACAAUGCGUCGGACUGGAAGUGAGUCGUGGAACACGUCGAACAUUCACCAAGCAUUUAAAUUAGCGCCCAUCAAGCUAGCUAUCUUGAUAGCUUAGCAUGAGUGUGACAGAGGCGCGUUUGUGUAGUUUGGAUCUUUGUCAAUCACCGCAUCACCAUGGCAACCCUCUCAAAAACACUUUGCAGCCGAUGAAGGGAGCAGUGUGUGUGUGUGUGUGUCUGUGUGUGUGCGUGUGCGGCAUUAUUGUUAGCUUUUUGGGUGUGGUCGUGGCCCAGAAGGUUUAAUAAACAUUUGCAAUGGACUCACAAA